AUGGGCAUCAAGACUCACAACAAUGCGCCCCGGCACAUCUCUAGAGCGUUCUGUAGACUAGGGCUUCCAGAAGGGUCUAGGUCCGGCAACGCCCUGAGCUUCUCAAUGUGUUCCGCCGGAUUCCCGCUCAAAUCCGAGAUCCGAACGGCUAUGCUGUCGCGCAUGCCCACGAUGGCCAGCUGGCUGAUGGGGUUCUGGUCAAAGUACUCACGUACAAAAUCGAUGGCGUACGAGAUGGUCAGGCGGUGCCUCGUCGGCAUCAGGUCCUUCUCCGCCAUGGCAAAGGACAUGUCUAUGACCAAGACCAGGUGCCGUAUGAUUCCACGCUGGAUGGGCGUCGUGUCACGGAGCACGCGCCGACGCUUCUCGGCCUCGAGAAAGCCCUCCAGAGAGAGAUCUUCCCAUGCCGCCUUGCUGGCUUUCUUCUUGCGCUUGCCACCCUCAACCCCGCCCUUGCCCGACCGCCCCCCGCCGGCUGCACCGCGUGCGCCACCCGACUGCCCAACAAGUUCGUCAUCAGAGCCGUCGUCGACCACAAGCUCGCCAUCCGAGUCUGCCAUUGUAGGUGUUGUUGCCGGGGAUCUCUUGGGAAUUCCCACUCGCGCCGGGGAUCAAGAGCGGGUGUGGGUGCUGUAA